AUGUUUUGGAGGCUGUGGAGCUUGCAGCCACAACGGGUCGCACGUCACGCGCAGGCUGAUCCGAACUUUGCGGCUAACGUCGGUCAAGCAAUUGACACUGUCCGCAGUGAUCACUCGCUUCUGCCUGGAAUUGCGCCAGGCGUUUCCGUGGCUGAUCCAGGGAUCUCCUUCGAGAUUGCGCAGGUUAAUGGUCUGCGCUUCAUUGGUUUGGCACAGUACCGCCAAUUCUGGGACAAUUUUCGACAAGGCGUGGAUCUAAUUAGCACCUCUGCGAAGAGUGAGGUCACUAAUGUGGUUCAUUCCGGCCUGUACCUGCGUGUACGCUGGCGGCUCGUCAUGGUGCCCAGAGAUGUUCUGAGCAAAGAGCAGGCCCGUAGCGCUGUCCAAGCAGCAAGAGGAGCCCUUCAAAAUUUUCAGGACAGUGUCCCAUGGGGUAAGACAGACCUCUUCCAGGCAGGAAGCAGUUUCCUCGGCCAAGCCGAGGAAUGGGCCUCAGACAGUGCAGGUGCUGAUACAUCUGCAUCAGAACGGAUUGUGGACUUCAAUUCUGUGUACGAGCUGGAUCCAUGGAAUGGCAGACUGGUGAAGCACACGUUGGAGUUCCGCAGCCCAGAGGAAGACUUCGGCCUUCUGGGAGCCCUGCAGGGGGUGCCGAGCAUGCGAUAA